AUGGUUUCAAGAGUUAAAGGAUUUACAAGACAUAAAAUACCAAGACGCAUUCAACAACAAAAUCAAGGUUUAGAGAUACUUUCACUUCACACAUUUACAGAUGCUUCCGAAUUCGCAUAUGGAGCUGUAACUUAUGCAAAAUGUCAAUAUAAAAAUGGCGAAGUUUUUAUUAACCUUAUUAACCUUAUAAUUGCAUUAAUAACCUUUAUUAACUGUAUAAUUUCAGCCAAAUCGAGAGUGACGCUUUUAUCCGCAUUAAGCAUCCUACGAUUAGAACUACUUAGUGCAGUUUUAGGAUUGAGAUUAAGUUACAGUAUCGCAGCAACUUAUAAAAUUGAUAUUAAAGAGAUGACAUUUUGGACAGACAGAAUGAAUUCGAUAUGGUGGAUACAUAAUCAGAGUAGAAAAUUGAAACUUUUUGUGCCUAAUGGAAUCGGAGAAAUUCAUACAGCAACAAACCUAAAUCAGUGGAGAUACGUACCAACAAGGAAAACCCUGCUGAUGACAUAA